UUUUUUUUAAUAAGCUCCUAUUGAAAAUCUAUGAGUGACCAGAAAUUUCCUGGCUUCUUGGGCAACCUGUUCUGUCACUAGAUGUCAUCUGAUUAAUGGCGUCUUAUUACAUUGACUUAUAAUUGACUUCCUUUUAUCUCCACACGUUUCUCUGACCUGUAAGUGUGUGAAGACCAUUCCCUUGCUUCACUCAAGUAAUUUCUUUUGCAGGCUGAACUUCCCUGGUUACUUCAGCCUUUACUCAUCUGACAUUGAAAAGUGGGCCCAGUGAGGAAAGGGCCUAACAGCUGCUGCCCUAUGCUCAGCCGCUAGACUAGUACUUGGCAUUCUGUAAGUACUCAGGUAACACCUGGUGCAGGAAGGCGAGAACAGAGGAGCCAUAUGCGUUCAUUCCACCUUCCUGUCCUGCUAACUCCGGGUCCUGACUCCUUAAAUAACACCCACACAAGGAACACACAGCAUCCACCUGUGAUUCUUAACUCCCACAUCUAGUAUGUUCAGCUAAAACUUACAGCUAGUCCUUACCCAGGUUUCUGGAGAAGGGUUAAAAGGCCAGAGCUGUGCCCGGCAUCAGAGACCUCACCCCAUGCAGAUGUGACCCUUGGGCAGCUAGCUGUGCUCUCUGCUGUCCUUUGUUUAGUCCAUGUUGCUUCCUGUAUCAGGGACUGUGGGAGUAAAGAGGAAGGAACACUAGCCUUCCCGGGGAGAUAGGGAGCAACACAGGAAGGGGUGAUGUUUGAUCUUGCAGGGUAGAGAGGAUUUUACCACGAGAGGGAGGAGCGUUCCUGGCCUGGGGGAGCACAUGUGCAGAGGUCAGGCAGUUCAGGAGGUACAGCGAGGAGGUGGGGAAAGUGUGGUCGUUUGAUGGGGCAUUUAGGGCUAGUGAGGUAUAAAAGGACUGCCCACAAAGGGUCCUGAUCCAUGCUAAGGACUUGGUCCAUUCUCCUGUAAGUCCUGGGACACCAACAGAAUUUUAAUCAAGAAGCGAAACUUUCACGGUUUCCUGUUGGAAGUGAGAAAGACCUAAGUGGGAGAAGUAAGUAGGAGGUCUCUGGGCAGAGGACAGCGAGGGCCUGACCCGGGGCCCUGGCAGCGGGAACCUGGGGGAGCAGGUGGACUGGAGGAGCAUUCAGGAGGGGGACCUACAGGUUGUCAUCUGCACUUGGGUGCAGAGGACAAGAGUCUAGAAAGAUACUUGCAUUCCUGGGUCGCUCAGUGUCAUUUAUUUUUUCAAUUAACAAGCAGAUAAUCCUUACCAUGUGUCAGGCACUCUUAAGUGUUUAACAAAUAUUGACUCAUUCAAGUCUCAUUAUAACCCUACAGGUAGGCACUGUUUUGUCCCAGUUGGAUAGAGGAAGAGACUGAGAUAGUCAGAGGUUAACAGACCCGUGAGCAGUGGAGCAGGGAUCUGAACCCAGGCAGUCUGGCUUCAGAAUCCACGCUGUUAACCAGAGUAGGAAAUAUGCAGUUGAGGUUGGGGAAAGAGGGGGUGGGGAGGGGACGGAGUCUUCGUUCAUUCUAGCCUGACACUUCGCCUGUCGUGAGCCAUGCAGUGGGACAGAAGCUAGUGGAUGUGCGCUGUGUCCUGGAAGUGCCCCCGGACCAUGGAAGUGAGGCUGGGAUAGACCAAAGAGACAACAAAGGGAACCCUUCAUUUAAGUUAAUCAUGACUUUAAAUCGUUAGAGCAGACCAAGAAGUAACAAGAUACAUAGAUGAAAACUAGGUGAGGAUGGAAGCAAAGCAAAUAAAGAGCUUCAGGAACAAGUGAGAGACCAGCAUUGCCUCUGCAACAGGAGUCAUUGCUGAGGCCUGGCUUGGUGCUGGUGAGGAGGCAGAGACCCCAGGGCUUUUGUUCCUGCCAAUGAACAUUGAAUUGAAAUGGAAAUCAUUAAGAUGUCCAGAAGAAAAGGGGGGCAAACAGUAUAAAAGAAAACAAAAUACAAAAGAACUGUAAACAUAAACAUGGAAAAUACUCAAACCCAGUAUUCAAAAGGUGGAAAUUAAAAAUACAAUCUAUACACCAGAAAUUGACCCAACAUUGUAAACCGACUAUACCUCAAUAAAAUAAAUAAUAAAUAAAAUACAAUCUAAAUUUAAACAAGGUAAAAGUGCCAUGUUUUAUAGACUUCUACUUCUAGCCAAGAGGGAGUAAUAGGGAGUGGAUUUACCCUGUUGCCCAAACAGCAACAACCACAGAAACACAGACAAAAUACAUGAACGAUCGUUUUGUUCCAAGACACUGGAUAUCAGGUAACAAAGGGCAGUCCCCCCCGAGAGAUGGACGACCAACCAGGUGGUCCCUCUGAUUUGCCUGUUGAUUACCUUGAGACGGUUUCCAGGUUAUAGCAGGGGAAGGGGAAGCUGAGGUGGGGCUGAGCAGACCCGAGUCCCGGGUGCGGAGCUGAGCCUUUGGGGAGGGCAGAGCAGCCAGCAUCCACAGAGAGGAGAGGGCACCCUGGAGCGGUCACACAGCCACGUGUGCAGGGAGGCUGGAGGGAGUAGCGCCCAACGAUCACCUGGGGGUUGUUGCCGGUUACACUGGCCGGACUGGAAAGUGCUUCUGAGUCUUGCAGCACUGGGAGUGAAGCUAUAGGGGAUAACACCUGUGUGCUUAGAAGUCUGUAGUCAGCAAAAAUAUAUUUCAACAACAGAGGCAAGACAGCCUCCAGAAUGGGAGAAAAUAUUUGGAUGUUACAAACCUGAUAAGGGUUUAAUACCCAAAAUAUGUGAAGAACUACAGGUGAAUAACUAAAAGACAAAUGGCCCACUUAAGAAGAUGGGUAAAGGACUUGAACAUUUAUUUCUCCAAAGAAGAUAGACAAAUGGCCAGUCAGCACAUGAAACAAAUGCAGAUAAAAGCCACAGUGAGCUGCCACUUCAUUUAGAUGGCUAGAUAAUUUAAAUGGCGUAACAGGUGUUGGGAAGCAUGUGGGGAAAUUGGAGCCCUUGUAUGUUGUGGAUGUGAAGUAGAAUGAUGCAGCCACUAUGGAAAAUAGUUUGGGUGCUCAAAAACUAAACAUAAAAUUACCACAUAGCCCAGCAGUUCCACUCCCAGGUAUACUCGUCAGCAGAUGAACAGACAAACAAAAAUGUGUUCAGUCCAGCAGCAGAGCAGUAUUCAGCCACUCAGAGAGGGAGCUACUGCUGCAGGCUGCAGCACGUGUGAAGCUGCAAACACGAUGCUGAGUGAGAGAAGCCAGACUCAACAGGGCAAGCACUGUGCAAUCCCACUCACAUGAAAUAGCUGGAACAGGCAAGUUCCAAGCCAGAAAGCGGGUUAGAGGUAAUGGGGUCUGAGGAGGUGGGUAGGGAGUUACUGCUGUAAUGUUUCAGAGUUGCACAGCACUGCGAGUGUACGUAAUGCCACUGAAUUGUACACUUAAUGAUUCAAAUGGCAAAUUCUGUUAUAUUUAUUUUACCACAACUUUACAGAUUGAUAAUGUAAUAUAUCAAAAACAUUGGAUGGUACACUUUGGAGGAAUUGUAUGGUGGGUGAGUUUUAUCUCAAUAAAGCUGUUAAAAAAAGAGGGAAAAGAGAUGAUCAGAUAUUUAUUACCAGCAGACCCACAUUACAAGAAAUGUUGGUGGGGAGGGUGUAGCUCUGUGGUAGAGAGCGUGCUUAGCAUGCACGAGGUCCUGGGUUCAAUCCCCAGGACCUCCAUUAUAAAGUAAUAAAUAAACCUAAUUACCCCUCCCCCCCCCAAAAAAACUUAAAAAAAACCCCAAAAAUUUAAAAGGCAAAAAUGAUUAGAAUGUAAUGAGUGUAAGAUUGAUUAUUGGAAAAAAAAAACAAGAAAUGUUAAGAAAAGUCCCUCAGGGAGAAGGGAAAUAGCUCCACAUGAGAAUGUGGAUCCAGCCUAGAGGGUGAACCGCUCUGGUGGUGGUGACUACGUCGAUAAACAUGUAAUUUUUUUCUUAAUAUUGAACAUCUUUAAAAGAUUGCCAGCCACGUGUCCGUUUCCUCAUGGACCGCGCAGCGCCUGUCAAGAUCAGGUCUGUGGGCAGGUGUGGGCCCUGGGGCAGCUGGGUCUGUGCUCAGGUGUCCAGCAGCGAUACAGUUGUUACCAGCCGGAGUUCUCGUCUCUGGGGGAGCGUCCACGUCCAGCUCGCUCUGGGGCUCCUUGCUGGCUGCGCUCAGCCCCGCAGACGACCCACGUGUCCCUCACCUUCAGCAGGGACCGCACUUCCCAUUGUUCUCGUGUUUCAAGUCUCACUUCCCUUCUGCCAUCAGCUGGAGAAAGCAGUUAUUUUCUUACCAGUAAAGUGAGAGUGUUAGAUCGAGUCAGGGUUUGUCUCUUGAUUGGGUUUUCCCCAAAAAAGAGGAUUUCUUGAGGGGAGGGAUUAGCUCUGUGGCAGAGCCCAUGGUUAGCAUGCACAAGGUCCUGGGUUCAAUCCCCAGUCCCUCCAUUAAACAUAAAUAAAUAACCCUAAUUACCUCUCCCCCUCAAAUAAAUAAUAAUUUAAAAAAAUUUAAGAAGGGAAAACAAUAUCUUGUUAAAAAAAAGAGGAUUUGUUGCAUAUUAGAGCCAUUCAGUUCCAAAUGUGGUUCAGCAUGGAACCCUAGAGAUGGAGAGAGGAAAGGCCAUCUCUGGAGCUGUUUUAUUCCUACUCCUGGGGACUUCAGGCACUGUAGUGUGUGUCUGGGACAGUCUGCAGUGUGUGUGUGUACUGGGGAAAUGAGGGAAUUCAUGCUCAUGACUACCGAGCCCCAGUCACAGCACCUCUCACGUCUCGUCCUCUUCCCCAGUGCCACCGGUUCAGCAUCUCCCGUCAUGCAGGAAAGCAUCACCAAGAACCAGGAGGGCAUGGAGGCCAAGUUGCUAACUGCUGGGUCCCACGCACUGGUGACCUUCCAAGACAUCCUUGUGCACUUCACCAGGGAGGAGUGGGAGCUGCUGGACGCAGCACAGCAGCUCAUGUACAGAGACGUGAUGCUGGAGAACUGCCGAAACCUGGUGUCCCUGGGGCAUCAGCUUCCCAAGCCAGAUGUGAUCCUCCGGUUGGAGAAGGGGGAGGAACCGUGGCUGCUGGAGAGAGGGGUUCACCCAGAGGCCCAUCCAGAUUUGGAGGCUGCAGUUGAAAUUAAAUCAUCACUUUCCAGUAGGAGCAUCUCUAAAGAUGAACAGUCCUGUGGUGUUAAAAUGGAAGGAAUGGCAAAGGAUGACCCCUGGCACUUGUCACUGGAGCAAGUCUGGACGUGUGAAGGUCUCUUGGACAGGUCUCAGGGCAGCCAGGAGAGACAUCUGAGGCAAGUGGCAUUCACCCAGAAGAAAGCACCUCCCCAGGAGAGAGCCGGCGGAAAUGGGAAAUUCGGGACAAGCUGUCCUCUUCCUGCUCAGCUAGUGCUGCGAGAGUAUUUCCUUAAACGUGACUCAUGUCCUAAAACCGUAAAUCAGGGUUUAGUUUUCAGUGGUCCUCAGGAAGGCUAUGCAGGCAGCAGUGAUGACUGUGAUCGAACCAUCUGCCAAAACAUUCACCUUAUUCAGUUUGCAAGAACUCAAGCAGUAGAUAAGUCGUACAGAUGCCCUGAUAAGAACUCUCUUACUCGUGGUACAUCCCUUGGUAUAUCGAAGGGUGUGCUUAGAGAGAAACCCUACGAAUGUAAGGAAUGUGGGAAAUUCUUCAGCUGGCGCUCUAAUCUCACCAGGCACCGGCUGAUUCAUACUGGAGAAAAACCCUAUGAAUGUAAAGAAUGUGGAAAAUCUUUCAGCCGGAGUUCUCACCUCAUUGGACACCAAAAGACUCAUACUGGUGAGGAGCCGUAUGAGUGUAAAGAAUGUGGGAGGUCCUUCAGCUGGUUCUCCCACCUUGUCACUCACCAGAGGACUCAUACAGGAGACAAACUGUACACCUGUAAUCAGUGUGGGAAGUCUUUUGUUCACAGCUCCAGGCUCAUUAGACACCAGAGAACUCAUACUGGAGAGAAACCUUAUGAAUGUCCUGAAUGUGGGAAAUCUUUCAGGCAGAGCACACAUCUCAUCCUGCACCAGAGGACUCACGUUAGAGUGCGGCCCUAUGAGUGCAGUGAAUGUGGGAAGUCUUAUAGCCAGAGAUCUCACCUCGUCGUGCAUCACAGAACUCACACCGGGCUGAAGCCCUUUGAGUGUAAAGACUGUGGAAAAUGCUUCAGUCGCAGCUCCCACCUGUUCUCACAUCAGAGAACCCACACUGGGGAGAAACCGUACAAAUGCCGGGACUGUGGGAAAUCCUUCAGCCAGAGUUCUGCCCUCAUUGUGCACCAGAGGAUUCACACUGGAGAGAAGCCGUAUCAGUGCGGUCAGUGCGGGAAAGCCUUCAUUCGGAAGAAUGACCUUAUUAAGCAUCAGAAGGUUCAUGCUGGAGAAGAGGCCUACAAGUGUAACCGGUGUGGGAUCGCCUUCAGCCAGAACUCCCCGUUUAUGGUGCGUCACAUAGCUCACACUGGAGAGCAGUUCCUAGCGUGUAAUCAGUGUGGAUCCGUGCUGGUUAACACCCCAACCCUCAUGAGAUACCAGAUAAGUCAUAUUAGAGAAAAUGCGUAUUAAUGUAAUAAAUAUGGAAAAUUCUUCCUGAGCAGCAAUAACUUUGUUUUGUCUUGGGGAACUCCUUCUGGAGAGAAGCUGCCUUCAGUCUUGUUACUACCCUUUUGCGCACUAGAGAAUUGGUCCUGGAGAGGGGGAAAACCACACAAAGUUCACUUUAGUACAUCAGAUUUUCUUUCUCGAAACUCGCACAAAAGUAAUUGGCCUGGGAGCAUUCUUGACCAAGCCUUCAGUGCUGAGGUCUGAGAAGGAGCCAUUACUUAGGUGAGUUGUUGGUAGAUAACCCAGCUUUGUCUCCACCCCAGAAGUGAGAGUGCUACCUCAGAAAGACAAGGAAGUGAGAGUUGUUGCUGAGAAGAGUAAAGAAUCAAUACAGUUAGAGCGAUGAAAGAUGGAAAGCAGUGCUGCAGUGACACGAUGUGCCGCUUUUUACUGGCUUGUCCCUCUCUCCUGGGACACUUUGUAGUGUUUAGUCUGCUUUCUGUGUCUCAUGUAAACCGCAUUUUGGCUAGCAGCAGGGAACAUCUUACAAUGUGAGCAGAGGAGGGAGAACACGUUUACUACUAGCAGUACCCAUUUUAAGUAUAUUUGCAUGUGGACAGGAAUUGAAAACCUCUCCAUAGAUAAAUGAACAGAAUUGAUUUGUUAAUAAUGGGUUUACGAGUGAGUUUCAUAGUGUACUUGGUGUCACUGUCAUGAUUAUUGGAAGAUCCUCUUAAAUAUUUAAAAAGGAUGUCUAGUUUCUCUAUCCCACCAUCAAGGAAACUUGAGAACCACCUGCUAGCCGACUUUCCUGUACAUUCUAAGUUGUUUGGGGCCAUAGUUAGAGUUGUGCUCCUUGGGGCAGGCUGCCAAAGGCCCCUGGGAGUUUGAACACGAUGACUCUCUGGAUGUUGGGACCUGAAGGAACACUGGAUAUUUGAACAUGCCAGGGAGGGUCUCCUCAGAGCGGGCGCAGGUACCUGGACAAUGCUUGGAGCAAGUAUGCUCAUAAAAUGGACACAACACUGCCCACAGCCACACUCCUUCCCAGGCAGAAUUUUGUCUUUAUGAAGAAAGCUUUGUGGCUAGUCUCAGUCUCAGUCUGAGCUGGGCCCCCCGAGGUGAAACGCCACCUCUCCUUCACUUGCCAGGUGAGCGUGGGCAUGCCGCCAAGCUCCUCCGUGCCCGACUCACAGACACCCUCCUCUGUAAGUCAGGGGCGCCUCGUACGGCUGUGCUCAGUAGCAGACGAGCCCAGAACAGUGCCUGAUGUGGACACAGUGCUGUAUUUCAUUAGCUGUGAUGUUCACCAUUAAGGCUGUUGCCCACCGCCCCCCACCCCAGUGUCUGUCAUUUAACUUAAACCUGCCUGAUCGCUGAUAAGAACUGACUGACCCUCACUUCCCUUCCAGUCACACAUGUCUUCCCUUUUACCUACAUUGGAACUUACCAACCUCAGGAAACCACUGACCCACAGUGGGUGCAUGGAUUCAUUUCUGAGUAUCAUUAAACACCUUUUAAUGCUGUAUGCAAAAGCAGUCUCUCUGUAUGAAGGUUCUCCCUUCAAGGGAGAAGAUGCUGAUCUUCAGAUUCUCUGGUAAAUCCAUGACCCAAAAAAGAUUUAGAAAGAGAACCCGUUUUAAUGCUGUUCCCUUCUAUAAAUGGAUCUUGUGUGGGGGGACUGAUCACUAUUUGCCAUUUUCUGAUAAACAAUACAUAUAUUAGACGCUCAAUGAUUGACUGUUGAAUGAUAAACAAAUGCUGAGACCACAGGACGAGGAUCUUGCGUCUCUCCCAGACAAAUCUGGAGACGCUGGUAGACUUGUGCGACCGAGGACCGCAGGUGCCUGGGCUGCUCACUCACUCUUCCCGGUGCGGCUGAGGUAGAGCGAGUCGGCCAGGUCUCCCAGCACCUCAGUCACUGUUAGCGCUGCCUCUUCAGUGCUUAUGCACCAUUUACGUGUGUAGUAGCCUCCUGUCAUGAACGGUUGUCAUCACAAGCAGUGGCUGUAUGUGGGAGGAAAAGAGCGGCCCCUCCGCUGGGCCUCUUAGCACUUCCCACAGCCCACGGCUGGAGGUCCCACAGCUGCGCAGUGGAGAUGCCGCUAGUAUCCACCUCCAAGGGGGGCUGUGUGCGGUAAGCGAGAUAAUGUGUAAAGGAUUUAAAACUGUGCCUGGCACGUAGCAAGUACUGUAUGUGUUAGCUAUGACUAAUUCACUAAUAUCAACACCCUAAGGGAUCUGUGUCUGUGCGUGAUCACUGAAACGUUACUUACAAAACUGCAAAAUUUGCAACGUUAAAAAUGUACGAUAGCAGAAUGGUUAUUUAUAGACAUUAAAGUUAUGCAGUAGAAAGUUUGGUAAAAUGAAAAAUGUUGAUACUGUGAUGUUACGAGACAGCAUGAAAAUAAUUGUCAAUAUGGAAUAAGCUCAGAUAAGUAAAUAAAUGAACUUCAAAAAAA